UCAACAUGCAGUUAUUUUAAUACUAAACGUCUACUAUAAUUAGUUUUCGUGAGGCUAAACUUCCGAAUAGAAAAUGGGUGUAUUGCCUGGAUUUGGUAGCUGGAUCAACCAGAACAGUCAACAGCCUCUUAAGGCCGAGUCCAAGAGAUCUGAAAAUGUCGACUCAGAGGAAGACGAUUUUAAAUUUCCUGAUAAGAUCUACUAUGAUUUAAAGGAGGAGCAGAAGCAAAAUGAUCUUUGGCAUGAAGCAGAGAAGAAGCAUCCAUGGCAUAAUGCAUCUCCUAAGAUCAAGGUGACACAUGAAAAUGGUUUUUACCAUAUGAACAUAGAAUUGACCGUAGGGUUGGCUCCUGAAUUGCUCUACAGCAUUUUGAUUGAUCCAGGAAGUGGUACAUUUCGCGAUUUGCGCAAACGGCGCAACCUUAUGGAAAACAAAUCAAGAAAGGUUUUGUUUGAGAAUGGUCCGAGGCAAAUGACAAGGGUGGAGAAAUCUGUGGCUUGUAAUGUAUUUGGCGUGUAUAUACCUAUCUCGAUGAAUCUAAUCGUCGAUGAAAACAGAAAAGAUCUUAUGACACAAUAUAAGAAAGAGAAAGUAAGAUUUAUGAAAGCAUUCGAGGGUAAUUAUAAAGUGGAGCCUAUCUUUGUAGAUAAAGAACGUUUGUGCAAAAAGAGGAUACCAAUGACUCGAGAAGAGUAUAAAAAAUGUAGUGGUGGCCAAGGAAAGGUUGCGUCAAAACUGACAAUAGACCAAUACUAUCAGCCAUAUUCUCCUUUCAAUCUACCGCCGCUUUCUUGGUUCAUCCGUGGGAUGACCGUCAAAACCUCCAAAUCUCUGCUUGCACAGGUUCAGGACACGUCUAUUGCAGUGCGAACGGCUACGCCAAUGCCAAAGGAGACAACAAGUAACAAAGAUGAAAAACACUAGAGCCUAAAUGAACAUACACAAAUACAUGUUUUAAAAAUUAAUAAUAUUCUCAAAAGUAAAAGAAUACACUCCAACAAACAAAAUAUGUUAAUUUGUUAAAUAAGAAAAUAUAUAAUAAUAAAAUCCAAAUUCAGUUUAAAAAUAUAAAUAUAUUUAGCGUGUAAAAAA